UGAAAAACACGAGGCGUAGACGGUAAACGAGACAUUUUGCAGAAAAAAAACGAAAUGUUUUCAACAUUAUUUAGCCUCGUUUGUCCUCCCCGCCAUAUUUUUCCCCCAAAUUUCCGUGGUUAACUGAUCAGAAUUUCUUAUAAAAAGGCGCGAAUCCGCCCCAAAGUCUCAAACAUGAAAACAUCGACGCUAUUCGUUUUCACAAUUUUACUUUCUAUUUUCUUCUUGACAGUUGAAAGCAGUCUACCCGACUGGUGGCACCUGCAUUCACCGUUCCCCAAAGAUUACGACGACAUGACCGAGGGACGUGUCAACCAGAACCGAAUUCUCCGCCCGAUGCGGAUUUCUCCGUGAAUUUUGGAUUUUUUUCCUGCUAUUUUUGUGUGUGUUUUUUUUUCAAAUCGUUUUUUGCAUUGUUCCGAAGCACGCUAGCGUGAAUUUUUAAUAUUAUUAUUAUUAUUAUGUCAUGUCUCAAUUCUAAGAAUUCAUCAAAUGAAUCUCAAUUAUCUA